AUGUCGAGCAACAGAAAGAAGCUGGUCUUUAACACUUUCUCAGUCAGCUUUGGGUGCAGCAGCUGCAAGAAACUCAAGCUCACUGCUUUUUUCAACCCUAAACCAAAACCAAAAUCUCCUUACAAAACCCUUUUUUUUUACGGUUACUCUUCUUCUUCAACCUCGUCCAAGAAAACAACCCAUUGUUCUUCCUCUGAACGCGAAACUGCCACCUCUUUUUCUCCAAGCACACACACUCCUCGGUACUGGAACAUUGACAACGACUCCACGUGUCCAACGGCGGUCGUACGAGGGUUUGGCCGCGUCGGAGGAGAUAGCUUGGCGGUGAAAAAGGACUCUGAUGACCCCUAUUUGGAUUUCAGGCACUCCAUGUUGCAAAUGAUAUUGGAGAAAGAGAUAUAUUCGAAAGAUGAUUUGAAGGAGCUUCUAAACUGCUUCUUGCAGCUGAAUUCGCCCAAUUUCCACGGGAUAAUUGUUAGAGCUUUCACCGAGAUAUGGAAUGGGCUGUUCUCCGUCAAGCAUGCUGCCGGUGCAUCCUCUAAGCUGCAAUUUGGGUUCAUGCCACGUAAGUUCUAGCUAAUGCAUUGCUGAUGCCACAUUUUUUAGGGGCUU